GCAAAGGAAGACAGGUAAGGGAGGAGACUACAGUCCCAGGUGCAGAAGUCCGUGUCCAUAGUUUCAGCUGGGAGCAUCCUGUGACUACAAAUUACUGUUACCAUUUCAGAUGGCAGGGACAGCACGCCAUGACCGUGAGAUGGCAAUCCAAUCCAAGAAAAAGCUCUCUACAGCUACUGAUCCCAUUGAAAAACUGCGGUUGCAAUGCCUGGCCAGGGGCUCUGCAGGCAUCAAAGGACUUGGCAGAGUGUUUCGGAUUAUGGAUGACAAUAACAACCGAACCCUUGAUUUCAAAGAAUUUUUGAAAGGGUUAAAUGAUUAUGCUGUGGUCAUGGAAAAAGAGGAGGCAGAAGAACUUUUCCGGAGAUUCGAUAGAGAUGGAAAUGGGACGAUAGACUUCAAUGAAUUUCUUCUCACAUUAAGACCCCCAAUGUCCAGAGCCAGAAAAGAGGUAAUUAUGCGAGCUUUCAGGAAGUUAGACAAAACUGGAGAUGGGGUUAUAACCAUUGAAGACCUUCGAGAAGUUUAUAACGCUAAACACCACCCAAAGUACCAAAAUGGAGAAUGGACAGAGGAGCAAGUCUUCAGGAAAUUUCUGGAUAAUUUUGACUCACCCUAUGACAAAGAUGGAUUGGUGACUCCUGAGGAGUUCAUGAACUACUACGCAGGCGUGAGUGCAUCCAUCGACACUGAUGUGUACUUCAUCAUCAUGAUGACCAUUGCCUGGAAGCUCUAAAGGCCUGUCCCUGGGAACCAGGCCACGGAGACAGUCACACGACUUCAGAAGAUUAACCCCCCAUCCCCAAAACUCAGAAUGAUAUUUUAGAUAUUUUCUUUACUGUUCAUUGCACAGCUUUUGCUUUGCCAACACACAGUAUUUUCUCGGACUGGCUAAAGGGAAGAAAUAAAGUAACUAAGUAAUUAACUAUGGGCUUGCCUCUCUGAAACUGUUUCCUUUCCUCUAAACUAGGAAUCAUUAAAUUUACAUAUCUAAAUCUCUUAACACUGUGGCUGUUUCAUGCAGGUGUUUAACCAACUUGGUGUGUCUCUCUUGGUCAUCAGUGAAAUUUUGAAUAUUUUAAUUAUGACCUCAUGUUUGUACAGAUAACCAAUGUAUUUUCACCUUUCAGCUAGAUAUGAGACUAUCUCUAUUUUUGGUCUACUUGUAAAAUCUCUUGGUUGUGUUGCUCUCCUUGUGGAGUUCCUGUCCUCUCCAGCUCUUACUAUUUCCCACUUCUUACCUAAAAUUCCAUUCACUCUGCCCGCCAGUUGGCCAUCAGGCUCAGCAUCUGCUUUGACAGUCUGCAUGGCAGAGGCUUUCAGAGGCCCUCUGUGGCAGGUUCCGAGCAACAGAACAAGAAAAUUUGAACACAGGGAACUUCCCAGA